AUGUACAGCCGUUCUAUAGUGUGUUCAUAUUAUGUAGGGUGUGGUAUUUCUUUUCUUGUUCUGUCUACUCAAAGUUCUUUUCCACUUGUAGACUCUCUCAACCGUGCUUUAGAUGCCAUCAGAGUCAGCACAGAACUCAUAGAGGAGGAACUCAGACCCCAUCUGGAUGUGCUGCUCACCAUCGUACAAGAGAGGAAGAGGGGCACUCCUGAGCAGGUGGUGAUAAGUGGGAUCCUGCCUGUGCUGGCCCACACCUUUCAGAGCAAAGGUCCUCUCACCCUCAUCUCUGCAAGACUCGUGGCUGAACUUGCUCGAGAACAACUAGUGAGGAAGCGGUUCGGGGAGGCAGGGUUGGUGUCUGCAUUGCUGUGUGUGUUGAGCUGUGGGGAUGAGGAAGUUCUUCUCUACACUGGAUUGGCCAUAGCGCGCAUGAGCUACGAAAGCCACACUCACCAGGAGCAGCUACUGAGACAGGGGGUGAUGCCCCGCCUGGCAGGGGUCCUGCUCCGCUGCCACGGCAACAAGGACCUGGAACAGGUGUGUCUGCUGGCCCUCUGUAACCUGGGCGACGUCGGGGAGGGCGAGGAGGCGGGGCUGGUCUGGGAGAGAGCCGUGUCCCUGCGUCCCGGGGAGUCCCUGUACCGAGGCGUGUCUCCUUACUCCUGCGGCUUCAGCUCCACCGUUGUCAUUGUGAAGCUGUCCCAGUGGGCGUCUGACCAGUUUGCGGUCAGCAUCGAGGUUCUCCAGCGCUGCUCCUCUUCCUUCUGGAACGUUCACAGAAAGAAGCACUCAGUCCGCCGCUUCCCGCUCACCAACCUGAGCUCCUGCCCCAAGUUAUACAAGGUCAUCAAGUACUCCGUCCAGAACAUGCCCAAGAGCAGGAGCCUGAAGACUCGUGUGUUUCACACUUUUCUCUGACAGAGACUACAAACAUGGUUGUCAAUGGACUGCAAAAGACUCUGGGCUGAUAGUUAAUGAACUACAAACAGGACAAUUGUA